GAGUUCGGUUCGGAGUUUGCGGUCGCGUGGACGGGGCGCGGCGCUCGCAGUCACCGCGUGCGCUGCUGCGUGGGCGUUCAGAGGCUUUUCCUGCAGAGUGCCGUGCCCCCCACCCCAUCACCACCACAUCCACUCCCCACCCUCCACGCACACCACACCGGGGGCGGGGGGGGCCCGUCUGAACCCCAGACCCGCAGGGGCUUGUUGACAGGAAACGUCGAGAGGGAGUUGCCCCGGCUCGUGACGGAGCGCCUCGUCACCCUCGCAGAGAAUAUAAACUGGAGAUCCCGAGCCGUGGAGCCGUCACCGACAACUCAACCAAUUCGCCCAAGCGUCAACGCUCAAAAAGAGCGACGGCUUCAACGAGGAGAGCCGCGAACGAGGAGAGCAUGGUGACGAUGGAAGUACCCAGCAUCGGAGUUCGCGAACUGCGGGAGCUGAUGCCGAUUUCGAGCGCCGGCGACGCGGCGGCGGCGGCGGCGGACGACAACGACGAGGUCGACAUCGACCUCGCGCAAUCUUCGUGCCUCGUCCUCGACUGCCGCGCGUUCCUGGCGUUCGGCGCGGCGCGGGUGCGCGGCUCCGUGUGCGUGCGCUGGGGCGCGCUCGAGAGGAGGCGAAGCGGCGCGGCGGGGAUGACCCUGGAGAGAGCGGUGCCCUGCUCCGAGGCGAGGGCCCGCCUGCUCGCGGGCCGCGUGGCCUCCCUCGUGCUCGUGGACGAGGCGUCGCCGAGCUUCGAGUCGCUCAGCGGGGAGAGCACCGCGCGGGCGGCGGCGCUCGCGCUGCGCCAGCACGCGCCGCGCGUGCCGCUCGUCUUCCUGGCGGGGGGGUUCUCUUCCUUCCACGCGGCCUACCCCGAGCUCUGCCGCCUCUCGGCCGCGCCGCCCGAGCUGCCCGGCUCCCCCAACACCUGUACUCCCCGCGGGGGGCACGGAGUCACACCGCUGUACGACCAGGGCGGUCCCGUCGAGCUGCGCCCCUUCCUGCUGCUGGGCAGCGCCCUGCACUCGUCGCAGCACGGCGCCCUGCGCACGCUGGGCGUCACGGCCCUGCUGGACGUGACGGGCCGCGAGGCGGAGCGCGUGGGCCCCGCCGCCGUCAUGCGCUACCUCUCCGUGCCCGUGGCCGACUCACCCGCAGCAGACAUCGCCGUCUGGUUCCGCAGCGCCAUCCAGUUCAUAGAGUCGGAGCGGCAUCGCGGAGGCCGCGUCCUCGUCUUCUGCCAGGCCGGGGUGUCUCGCUCCGCCACCAUCUGCCUCGCCUACCUCAUGUGGCGGAGCCGCAUGCGCCUGGAGGAAGCUUUCGCCUUCCUCAAGGGUCGACGCAGCGUCGUGUCGCCCAACCUGGGCUUCAUGGGGCAGCUGCUGCAGUUCGAGGCGCAGCUCCUGGCCGCGACGCCCCGGGAGGACGCGGGGACGGCCGACUGCGGCGGCGGCGGCGGCGGCGGCGACGGCGACGACGCUUCCGGGUCGACCCCCCGCGCCCUUCCCGGGACCCCCGUGGCUCCGUCGUCCCCCUGCUCCGUGUUCAGCUUCUCGCCCGGAAGUCUUCCCGUGCUCAGCCCCGUCCCUCCCGUCUCGUCCUGCUGACGAGCUGACGAGCUGGCACGCGGCAGCUGGCUUUUGAUGUCCGUGGACUCGGAUGUUUUGGCGGCUCGCGGGCACUUCCGGGCUGUUGGAGGUCACGAAUUCAUCCCCGCGGUUUCGCAGUCUCGGAUCCGUAGAGGAACCGGAACGCGUCGGCCGUGGUGCCGCCGCCAGCACUUUCUCCAGCGGACAGGACGCUUGCAGUCCGAGCUCAGCUUCCCAGGAGAAACCGGUCUGGUGCAGCAUCAUCACCACGAUCGUCAUCGCACUUUGCCUUCGAGUUCCAAACAUCAACGACUCCACCGGCACGAGUAGCCUGAGAUUGUAAAACCCCAGAGACGGACUUCGCCGGCCCUUGAAACUGGAGCCACGAGCAAAGUGUUUCCAUGUUAGUGUUAUAUAUUAUUUAUAAUUGAUCCUGCAGUUCGUGUAGGGAAACGUUGAGGAGCGGACUUUGUGAUGGGGGCACUGCUCACACUCUGGCGCGAGUCUGCGGUGGCUCGCUCUUGCCGGCCAGCUCCGCGUCGAGACGAAACCACCCGAGACGUGGUUCCGCUCCUUUGUUGGCGACUGGAAAGACCUUGAGUGUAAAUUUAGCCAAAUAUCUGACGGAGAGGUCGCAUCCGCCAACGCGAGGAUCUGGUUCUUUAUUUUUUUUACUUUUACAUUGUUUUGUUGUCGUACAGCUGGGAUCGCCUCUGUGGUAGCUGCCCCAAGUGAGGGCAGUGGUGGGUAGUGACUGUGAGCUGUUUCACAGUUUUUGCACAACCGUUGAUCCCGUGGCUUGAUUGAGAAACUGGGCAGUUCAGAUUAAUAAUCGGCGGGGGUAUUACAGGGACACGUUGAGACAGAACGAGGCCGGUUUCGUGACAGUUUACGAUGUACGCGUCGCGAUUACAGGAGGUACGAAUGACAGCACGUGUGUGUGUGUGUCUGCGUGUGUGUAUGUGGAUCGAUAGUGUCGCGGGUUAAGCACUGCGCUACAAACCCAGCGACCAACACCAGUGACGAUUAUCUGAACCGGUCCUGGCCCUCCCCUCAAAUGAGUAUCUGGUGCGUUGUGUAGUAAACAUCGCCACUCGGGAGACAAAGGCGGCCGGGCGUCGUGCUCGCCACCCACACCCUCGGUGCCAGCUUCCAUAGGUGCUCACAAACAGCACUUGCCCCUACAGUCUGUUAAGGCUAUACUGGGGAUCUUUGUGUGUAAGUGUGAGUUUUGUCAAUUUUGUUAAAGUAUAUAAAUGUGUUGAUGCAUAAAGGACUUUGUUGACGAAUACUGCGGACGCCAAACUCUCAGGAAAUGGUAAAAUGUCUGUUUUGUGCACAAAUAUUACUUCCAUGGUUAGCACAAUCAGUUGUUGUGGUAUUGUUGUCGUGAGGGGCAACAUCGUGUGGUACUAAGUAUACGGCUCCGGUCUCAUACCCACAGCCCCCCCACCUCCGAUUUUCAACUCGCCCCCCUACUCACCAGCCCCCCCCUACUCACCAGCCCCCCCCUACUCACCAGCCCCCCCUAAUCACCAGCCCCCCCUACUCACCAGCCCUCUUAUGCCCCAGUCUCUCCACACUCGAGGAAGUUAAUGCGACCUUGCCUGUCUCUCUCACAGAGCCGGAAUGUGAAGGCUCGCGAGUGAUGGGAGCCGUGGCUAGCACGGGGGGAGGGGGGGGGUGCUGAUUAUACCAGAAUUGUGCAUUUUUCACCGCGUGAUUCAAUGUGAACGUGUUUAACUUAUUUCCUGGCAAGAUCGAAUCGCUGUUGUUGUUCUUUUUUGUUACAUUUUGAAUACGUUUUUUUAUAUAAAGAAACUAAUUUAUUGUUCUUCACAAUUUUUUCAUUAAAACUGGAGUCCACUUUUUCCACGA